AUGGCCGGCAUUCGCGCCUGCCAGCGCCACGCUGGAGCCCUGUACACGGGAGACACACCAGCCGUCACCGCCACUACCGCCACUGCCACCACCACCACUGACGCCACCACCACCACCGCCACCACCACCACUGCCAACGCACCCCGCCAGACACCUGCUGCAGCUGCACUUCCCACAUCUCCUCCACCUGGAGAAGCCACUGUCUCUCGCAUGCGCCCACCAGCCGCUGCACAGCUGAGGCCCGCCACCACCUCCGCCACCACCACCACAGCCGCUGCCACCACCACCACUGCCGGCACAACCCGCCAGACUCCUGCUGCUGCAGCUGCUGCUGCUGCACUGCCCACGACUCCUGCACCUGAUGACGCCACUGUCUCUCACUUGCGGAGCCUCUCUGCAGAGGAGAGGGCCAGGAGGCUGGUCCAGGCGGCUGAGCAGGGGGCAGUGGGGGAGCUGAGGGCGCUGAUCGCCGCAGGGGCCGACGUGGGGGCGAGGGGCUGGUGGGAGCGGACCGCCCUGCACUGGGCAGCAGCCAGGGGAGACGUCGAGGCGGCGAGGCUGCUGGUGGGGGCGGGGGCGGCGGUGGACGCCAGGGAUGAUGAUGGGUGGACGCCGCUGCACUGGGCGGCAUUCAAUGGCUACGCAGAAGUGGCGGCUGCGCUGCUCGUCGCGGGGGCCGACAGGGGGGCCACAACUGGUGGUGGGCGGACAGCGCUGGACCUCGCCAGGCACUACAACCACUGGCGGCUGGUGCAGAUGCUGUCAUGA